AUGUCGCUUACCAUCAAAUGCAAAGGCGACUUGUGGAUCGACGACCACCACACCGCCGAGGACAGUGCGCUCGCGCUCGGCGAGGCGUUCAAGCUCGCGCUCGGUGAACGCAAGGGAAUCAGGAGGUACGGUACAGGAUUCGCACCACUCGACGAGGUAUGUCCAGCAGCUAGUGCUUCAUCCGUCUUCCUCCACCCGCACUGACAUCGCGGCGCACUACCUUUGCCGACCGACAGGCCCUCUCUCGAGCCGUGCUCGACAUCUCGUCGCGGCCUUACUUCUGCGGCGACCUUCAACUCAAGCGGGAAAAGAUCGGGGACCUGUCAUGCGAGAUGAUCCCGCACGUCUUUCAGUCGUUUGCCCAAGGUGCAGGGGUGACGCUUCACGUGGAUGUUAUCAGAGGCGAGAACGAUCACCACAAGUUGAGUUUCACAGGACAGGGUGGAACGCUGGUCUCUCCCGACAUUGGCUCGCUCCACCUUUUCCAUGACCAUUGUCUCUGCGUAAAAACACAUGGGCAGCAAGCUGACAGACACCUCAAUCUAAACAAGCACAGAGCCGAAUCCGCCUUCAAAGCUUUGGCGUUGGCGAUCCGAGAAGCGAUUCAAACCGAUGGCUCCGACGAUGUCCCCUCGACCAAGGGCGUUUUGGCGCUCUAA